UAACCUGCAGGUGGCAGUCUGAAACCAACUAGCCUUAUCCCUAUGGAACAGUAGGCUUUCAUAUAGCCACACCUCCUAACAGGGAGAGACCAGGCUCUGUGUGUUUAUAAACCAGGAAACAAGAUUGUUCUGUGCACAUAGUUACAUCUCCACUUCUACUUCACGAUGUUACAGUGGCUCUCAUGGGCUCAAUAUGUGCUCCUGCUGCUUGUUGUUGUGGUCAUUGGUCUGUUUCUUGCAUACUGUGCCUACAUUCAUUAUAUGCACCUGAAAUAUGACCAUAUUCCUGGCCCACCACGUGACAGCUUCCUGUGGGGACAUGUAUCAUCAAUAAAUAAAGCUGGGGAGAAUUACAAAGUGAUCCAUGACUUGUUCCUCCAGUGGGCAGAAGAGUAUGGUUCAAUUUUCAGAAUGAAUGUUCUGCAUCGUGUCAUGAUAUACUCGACCAGUCCAGAGUCUAUCAAGGAAAUUAUGAUGUCUCCAAAAUAUUUAAAGGAUCCUUAUACGUACAACCUUCUGUUUAGUUUGUUUGGCAAAAGAUUCAUGGGCAAGGGUUUACUAACGGAUACAGACCAUAAUCAUUGGUACAAACAGCGCCGUAUCAUGGAUCCUGCAUUCAGCCACACGUAUCUCAAGGAGAUGAUGAACGUAUUUAAUGAUACCGCUGAAUUGCUUAUGGAACAAUUGGAAGAAAAAGCAGACGGUAAACAGAAAGUGAGCAUGCACAGUGUUAUCAAUUGUGUCACCCUGGAUGUUAUCACAAAGGUAGCUUUUGGAUUGGACCUGGGAUUGGUAGAAGGAAAUCAGACCGCCUUUCCUCAUGCAAUAUCGACUGUCCUGAAAGGGAUGAUACAGUAUAUCAAUAAUCCCUACAUGCAGUAUAUGCCUUGGCACCGACGGUUUGUAAAGGAAGUCCAAGACAGUGCUGAUCUUCUGCGUAAAACAGGCAAGGAAUGUAUCCGUAAGCGGAAACAAGCAAUGCUGAAUGGAGAGGAAUUACCCAGAGAUAUACUGACCAAGAUCCUGGUGAUUGCCGAGGAAGAGAAAGGCUUCGAUGAAGAAAUGAUGCUGGAUAAUUUUAUUACAUUCUUCAUAGCCGGGCAAGAAACUACAGCCAAUCAGCUGUCAUUUACUGUCAUGGAACUUGCGCGACAGCCCGAAAUCACCCAAAGGCUCAGGGAGGAAGUGGAUGAAGUUAUUGGAUUUAAACGGAAUGUCAGCUAUGAAGACCUAUCCAGCCUGACUUACAUGACUCAGGUUUUAAAGGAGUCUCUGAGAUUUUAUCCACCUGGACCUGGAACAGGUCGAUACCUAGCAGAAGACACAGUGAUUGAUGGCAUUAAGAUUCCUGGGGGAAUAUCAAUUACGUUUAAUACAUACAUCAUGGGAAGGAUGGCAAAAUUCUUUAAGGAUCCCUUCAAGUUUGACCCAGAAAGAUUUAAUCCAGAAGCUGAAAAACCAUACUACUGUUAUUUCCCAUUUGCACUGGGUCCCCGCUCGUGUCUGGGGCAGGUAUUUUCCCAGAUGGAGGCAAAGGUUGUCCUGAGCAAACUUUUACAGAGAUUUGAAUUUACUCUUGAUCCAGGCCAGUCUUUUGACAUAAUGGACACUGGAACCUUGCGACCCCGUGAUGGUGUCGUGUGCACGCUGAAGUCCCGGACAGUUUCCCAAAAAUAACAGUAUUUACUUGUUCUAGUUGUAAGGAAUGCUGCUGAGAAAUUGGACCACUUAUCCUAAUCAAAGUAUUUCACAAUUAAAGGGACACUAUAGGGUCAGGAAAACAAACCUGUAUUCCUGACCCUACAGUGUUAAAAACCUUAUUUCCGUUGGAUAUGUAAAAGGUCGGAGACACGAAUCCCCCGUUGGUGACAUUUGCGGAAGGUUUGGAAUAUAGGGCUGAAAUUAAGUUUAAGAAUUGUUGGGGGAAUUCAAACUUUUUUAGGACUUCAUUUAGGAAGUCCCAGUGCAGCCUGUCGAACGCUUUUUCAGCGUCCAGUGACAGGAAUACACUGGGCUGCCCUUGAUCUCCGACCUUUUACAUAUCCAACGGAACACGUCCCCCCUCCUAUACAUAUUAGCCCUGGAACCACUGCUACAAGCUAUAAGAGAAGAAUAACCAGUUACAGGCAUUAAUAGAGGAGGGGAAGUAUAUAAAAUAACUGCAUUUGCGGAUGAUGUGAUGCUAUCUCUGACCAAACCGCAAACCUCAAUCCCAGCCUUCACAGAUAUACUGAUACAGUGCCUGCUCAUAUUAUAAAUUAAACGUUUCAAAAACACAAGCAAUAUGCAUCCAUACAACCCAAGAAACAGCCAAAACACUACAACGAAAUAUGAAUGGAGACAAGACGAUCUUACUUUCUUGGGCAUAAAAUUCACUAUACAGGCUCACAAACUAUUUAAGGCCAACUACACUACCCAUCCUCAAAACAUAAAGAACCAACUUAUAAGCUGUAAAAAUAAAUAUGUUUAAUGGACUGGCAGAAUUGCCGCUGUAAAAAUGAUGACACUUCCCAAACUCUAAUAUCUGUUUCGCACCCUACCCGUACAAUUACCUAAACAAUACAUCAAAGAGGCUCAAAAAACACUAAAUUCCUUCGUAUGGGCCCAGAAGAGACCUAGAAUUGCAGCACCCAUACUCUACCUAACCCCGGGACGAGGAGGCAUGGGGCUCCCAAAUGUUGAGAGCUAUUAUAGGGCCGCCGUCAUUAGCCCAGUAUUAACAGCCUUCCGGCAACAUACCUCACCACCCUCCUGGGUACAACUGGAGGCAUCCUACACUGAAGGGUAUGAUCUCUCUGAAAUAGCGGGUAUAAACAAACAGUACAGAAAACAAUUCCAAAGGAUGCUCACGAUGUCAUCCCUAACACUAAAAGAAUGGGACAAGAAUGUUAACAUGCUAGAUCCCAAAAAAGAGACUUUUCUAAUGAUGCCCCUCAAAUCCUUUGAGACACUGAUUCCAAAUCUAAACAUAAGCAGUUGGAACAAUCUGGGCCUGAUAUAUGUACACCAACUGGUAGACCAAACUGAACUCAUCCCCUUUGCAACCAUUUCAACUCCCACCCUCAGCGGCCUUCGCCUAUAGACAAAUUAGCUCAUGGAUAGGGAGACACAGAGAAACGGAAGGCUUAUUGAACACAAAAAAGGAUAUAUAUGUCAGAUCUGGAACAAUUGUGCAAAAAUAAGAGCAAGAUACCAGGCAUUAUAUCCCAAAUAUACGAUGGCUAUCAUCCUAGAACACAGUUACGAAACAUGACAUUCAUAACAAGGUGGGAAAAAGAUAUGGGUAAGCAACUGCCAGACGACAUAUGGCAGCAAAUAUUUGUAGCCAACAAAGCACGGACUCUGAGCUCUUCCCAGAUAGAGAUGUCCAAAAAGAUGUUAUAUAGAUGGCAUAUGGUACCCACAAAAUUAAAGCAGAUGGACCCCAAACAAACAAGGGCCUGCUGGAGAUGUGGACACACCAUAGGAGAUACCCUACACAUAUGGUGGACAUGCCAAGAAAUCACCAAACUAUGGGAGGACACGCAACAUCUCAUACAGAAAGUAGGAAAAGUCGACAUACUUGCUACAAUACAUCCCGCCAAACACACCUAAACCCCCAAAAUACCUAGCAUACCACAUAAUUAUGGUAGUAAUUACAGCCAUAGCUAAAGCAUGGCUCCAGAAAAACCCAUCUAGGUUGGAAACAUGCAUCCCCCAAAUAGAAACAGUCAAAUCAUACAAGCACACAGCCAGGGCUCACUGAGCCCCACAAAAAUUCUGGGUGGAGGCGUGGAGACUCUGGGAUGCGGGCAUCAACUCACUAGACACAUCAAGCACAAACAAGAAGACCACUACAAACAUAGCGAAAACACGUACAACGGGGCUAGAGGAACAGCACACAGGAAAAAACGAAAACCUGAAACACACACCAGGUUCAAACGAACAUACAUUAGCACAGGAAACCCAACCCCCCCACCCUUGUUUUUCUAUCCUGAGACACUAAACGCCAAUGCUGCACAGUGUGAAUCACUGCCCCAAGAAGCACCUUCAGUGGCCGUCUAAGUGACUGCCACUGGAAGUGUCCCUAGGCAGUACUAACAUGAAAAUGCCUGCAAGGACAAGCUAUAGACACCAGAACACCUAUGUUAAGUUAUACUUGUUCUGGUGACUAUAGUGUCUCUUUAAAAGCAUGUAGCAUGAUAAUGACACAGAAUGUGUACUCAUACUCAUUAUCGAUAAUAUGUGGGGUGACACAGCCUAUUAUAAUUCUCUCCCUUAGAUGACACAAUAUAAUAUGCAGAGAUAAGUACCUUAAAGUGACACUGUAACUAGUUUAUCUCAUCGAAGUGGUAUAGUGUCUGGUGUCCCCUGUCACCAUCCUUCCAUUCACAUUAGAACAUUUAUUGUUUUAAAGGGACACUCCACUGCCUAAAUCCCCAAAACUGGAAAGAUCACUGUUUAGUAGUUCUACUCCAAAUGAAAACAUGCAUGCAUUUAAUUAUGUAUAUUUUAAUUGGGAUAUUUCUACAAACAGCUUGCAAAAGCUGCAUAUCUCUUUUCUGGUGUCUUUGCAAGCCCAGCCCAGAUAUGUUUUGGCUGUCCAAUCACAGACUUCCCAAUACAGCUUAAUGAGAAGUCUUGGCAAGGUAGGUGUUCUAGGCAGUUACCUGCAUCUUGAGUUUAGCUCCACUUAAGUUAAACAAAUCCCAGGAAGUAACAGGACUUCUUGUAUGCAUAAAA